GUGGGAGGAGCCUGAACGGAUACGAUCUGUUGUGAACGAAAAAUCUGCGUGUUUGGUUCCGUUCGCAUGGAGAAACACGGAAACGUCGGUCUCGCGCCGAACCGUCACAAAUCCCGCGAUUGAUACGGACCCAGACAGAACCGAAGGAAGCAGACUGAAGAGAAGAUCCAGACCUGCGGUGGCAGCAUCUCAUCUAAUCUCUGAUCCAGUGCUGUGUAUUUCUCCGGACUAUUCUUAAGUUUCCUCAUAAAAGUGUGCCAGAAUCAUGAUGCUGUUGGUCUUCACACUCUGCCUGUGCGUUUUAAAGAUGGGCGGUGUCUCUGCAUCUGUCACUCAAGCCACCGUCCAAUCAGAGCUUCAGUGUCAUGACUGGGGCGUGCGGAGCGAGGGUUCGGUGCGGGUGUAUGACGGGGAGGUGGCGUAUAUCUACUGUCCGCUCUUCUCUCCUCCCACGCUCUACAACUACAGUCAGAUUCAGAACAGCAGUCAGUCUCUGCUGUGGUACCGACACACACUAACAGACGAGCAGGAGCAGCCCAUCAACCUCAAACUACACACCAUGCAUAAAGACGGCGAGUACCUGUGGAUUCAGCCGGCCUCGGCACAGGACGCCGGACUCUACAUCUGCAUGAUCCGCAACAUUUCCUCGUGUGUGAAGAUGGGCGUGAAGCUGGAGGUGGUUCAGAAGGAUGGAGAGUGUAACCUGACAGCUCAACCUCACCUGAACGUGACCAUCCCGUUCCAGAGCGAGCGAACCCUCACCUGUCCAGACCUGAACACACUCACACUGCCCAACAGCACACACUCCGUCAGCUGGUCCCACUUAUGCAGGACUAGAGAGUUUCGAUAUGACCGGGAGCUGAAAGGAGACGAUCUGGUGAUCUACAGGAUGUUCGAGCCGUUCGCCAGCCUCUACAUGUGUGUGGUUUCUUAUCAGAUCAACGGACGCAAGCUCCAGUUCACACGCUACAUUAACGUCAUUCCUGUUGUUCCUGAUAUUGGCAGUAAAGUUCCCGUCAUCCUGAAUCCGGCGAGCGAUCAGAUCUUCACCGUGACUCUGGGAGAUACAGUGACGCUGUCCUGUCGUGUGCAUCUGCCUCACCUGUACGGAGAAAAGCAGUACAUCUGGUGGACCGUCGAUAACACAACUGUGGAGCAGCUCGCCGACCCACGAUUCAGCUCGCCUGAGGACACGCUUGUGUCAAAAGACUACGGUGACGAGGUGAAAGACAGAUUCCUGUAUGUGAGGGAUUUUUCAUCUGACGACCUGCAGAGGGAGUUUAACUGCUCCGCCAGGAACAGCCGCGGGUUUAUAUCCAGCAGAGCCGUGCUCAAAACAGAACCGUACGUCCCGACUCUAGAGCUGGGCUGUGGUUUAGGUGUGACGCUGGCGCUCAUGUUGAUGAUGUUCGUCAUCUAUCACGUGUUCUGGCUCGAGCUGCUGCUGCUCUAUCGCUCGUGGUUCGGCUCCGAUGAGAGAUACACAGAUGAUAAGCAGUAUGACGUGUACAUCUCAUACGCUCGCAACAGUGAGGAGGAGGAGUUCGUUCUGUCCACGCUGCGUCGAGUCCUGGAGACGGAGUUCGGUUACUCCGUCUGCAUCUUCGACCGCGACAGUCUUCCUGGAGGAACUAUAACAGAUGAUACGCUGAGGUUUGUGGGUCAGAGCCGCCGGCUGGUGGUGGUUGUGAGUCCGUGCAGCGCUGUCCGCGGGACACAGGCUCUGCUCGAGCUGCAGGCCGGACUGACCAGCAUGCUGCACGGCGGCAGCCUCAAGGUGGUUCUGAUCCAGUUCAAACCGGUCAAGAGGAAGAGCUGGGUCAAAGAGCUGCGCCAAGCCCGGCUGGCACUGACGCUCAUACGCUGGAAGGGCGAGAAAUCAGCCGCUCUGUCCUCACGCUUCUGGAAACAGCUGCAGCUGGAGCUGCCCAUGAGGAGGGACACACAACACAAACACACCCAGCUACCGGACAUCACACAACACACACCCGACACACACACACAAAACACACGUCAGGCGGAAGAGAAACUCAUCCAUUCUUACUCUACCAGUGUUUUAUAGACUUCAAUCAUUUGGAUGCUGCUUUUCACAGUAUGCAUCAUUUCAAAGUCAUUUCAUAUGUCAUAUAGCCAUAUAGGAAGUCUUUUUAGUAUUUUUAUAGUAUUUUUAUACUUUUAGUUUCCGUUUUGGUUGUUGUGUGGUUUUGUCUUUUAUACUGUGUGUGUGUGUGUGUGUGUGUGUGUGUAUAUAUAUGGGUCAUAUACAAACAUGGGUUUUCAAGCAUCAAAAUAAAAGUUUAAUACAGCUUUACAUUAAAACUUAAAAUCUAGUCAUGCAUAUUUAGAUCAAGAUUCAUUAACGACAUAAAAAGACUCAGCUCACAAAAACCACAAGGUUUGACUCCUUUAUCAGCAAGAAGUUUAUUAUCAAUUACAAUAUAAUAAAAAAUGUGGACAUUUAUUUUGAUGUGUACACCAAAAUGGGAUGCCUUGUCUUUGACCCAUAUAUAUAUAUAAUAUUAAAUAAUAAUUUUAUUUUAAUAAGUUUUAAUGCUUCAACUUAUUGUAUUUCCAUUAGCUGCCAAGGCAACAUACUGUAUCUAAUUUCCGUUUAAGUUCAUUACGUCAAGUUUUCUUUAGGGAUUUCACAGUGUUUUUAUACUAUUAUUGUAUUAUUGAUAUUUUGAAUUGAAUAGUUUUUCAUCUAAUAUUUAUAUUUAAUUUCAACUUUAUUUCAGUUAACAAAAAUGAUUUGAACAAAAUGAUGUGUGUGUGUAUAUAUAAGUAUACAGGAAUAUAUAGUUUACAAAUAUUUAUUUUUUUUCCUCACGUGUCAAACCCCUGCAGUUCCCUCGGUUACCGACAGAGGGCGGUAGUGCAUUUAUCUGCACCACUAAGGUUUCAAACGCCACUUCUGCCAAUGUCUGACACAUGAAAUAGUGUGCUAUAAAGUAGAUUUAUUUCCCUCUUUCAUGCUCCAUAACAAACCUCCAGCUGUUUUCACUCAGUGUCAUUUAAUUGAUUUUAUUGUCAUGCACCAUUGUUCUUCAUAUAUGACCAUGCCAUGUCCAGUAUGUUCUGUGAUCACGUUUUUAAACUGUUUUGAUAAAUAAAAUCCUAUUGUUGCA